AUGGCAGCGUGGAGCCAGGCUGCGGCAGCGCCUCUGCUCAGCGGAACCUGCCGCCUUCCUCUUCUCCACUGUGCUCAGCGCAUGUUUGCCUCGCAGACUGAGGGGGAGCUCAAAGUGACCCAAAUUCUCAAAGAAAAGUUUCCUCAAGCUACAGCUAUCAAAGUCACUGACAUUUCAGGAGGCUGUGGGGCAAUGUAUAAAAUUCAAAUUGAAUUGGAAGAACUUAAGGAGAAGAGAACGGUCCAACAGCACCAGAUGGUAAAUCAGGCAUUAAAAGAAGAAAUAAAAGGUACACACAGAUUGCAGAUAUUUACCUCUGUCCCCAGACACUGA